UCACGUACUCCAACGUUUUAAGUUAUUUAAAACUAGGAUAAUUUUGCCAGUAGUAAGCCUAAAAGUAAAACUUGAAUUUACAAUAAAAGUUAAUAAAACUAAAUUUAAAUAGUUCAAUAGUACUUAUAAGUUGUACUACAACUUACAGUUGUACUAAAUCAUUAAAUGUACUAUGUAGUCAGUAAUGUAAAAAUAUAACUUUCACAGUUAUACCACAGCAGGCACUAUGUUAUUAAAUGACUCCUUUAAAGUUCAUUAUCAUUGUUUCUAUAUUAUCAACAGGUUUUGAUUUUAUAAUUUUAAUUAACUGAGGCACCUGUCCUACAUUAUUAGGUAUAAAGAUUGAGUGUAGGGCUUGAAGUAAUAAAUCUAAAAUUUGUAUUUAUAUGCAUAAUUUAGUUUACAUGUAAUUUACAACUACCUUAUUCCACAUUAGAGAAAUGGUGUUACAAUUACUCUGCUUUACUUUACCAUAUUACUUUUACUAAUCCUUCUCUACAGCCUCAGUGUUUGUUGAUACUCUUUGAGUACUUCUUAAUAGACCACAUUAGAUAUUCUUCCUCCUUCCUGGGUCAAAAUAGAAAUUUCUUGGUGAUCCUACUCAUGAACACCCAACACAGAAUUGACCAAGUGAAAAGCAAGGGUUUUCAAAUGUAGCCCUCCCACUUUAAGGGUUUGACCUUGUGCUUUUGUUGCCUUUUUUUCCAUGAAAAACUCAAAGUAAAAAAUUGUAGGAAUAAAAAUUGGUUCAAGACUCUGGAGUCAUUAGCUAAACAAACAUAUUUUUGCUGUGGGCAUGGCCAAGGGUGGAUGGGGCUGGGUAACAACUUCCCUAUGACAUGUCCCUUGGUCCAAUGUAUCAUCCUACAUAGUUUGUUUGAGAUUGAUCCAAAGACCACAGGGGAGUUUGCUACACAAACAAUUUUUUUACUUUUAUAAGCACAGGUAAUUUGAAGUGGCUAUAUCAUAGCAUAGGAUAUACACUGCAACUGUAUUGUGUAAACAUUGGUUAUGGUUUGUAAAUAAGAAGUUAGAAUUUGAGUUUAGAGUGUAAUGAUUUCAACUUGUUUUACUCUACAAUUUGGGAUGGAGCUGAAGAAAAUUAAUGAUUAAUGUAGUUGACUACAUCGGUUAAAUGUGAAUUCACAAUGAAACCAAGGCAGUCUUAAAGUUAAUUACAGUGUUUUCACUUUUAUCUUAAAAAAACAAUAUACUGUAAAACAGGUCCUGGAUCUUACAUCCUGAGAGAUCCGGCAGAAAAUAAGCACUGUGAAUUAUGACUUGUCAGAGAAAUCAUUGCACUUGAAUUAACAACGAGGAGAAAAUGAAUGGUUACAAAGAAGACAUAAAUUUACUAAUUAAGCCAUCCAAGAAGUUGGUCAAACAGAUGACUGCUCUUCAAGACUUGUGCACUUUAGAAGUGAAGAAAGAGAUAAGUUGUUAUAAUUUGAAAGAAAGACCACCAAUACCUUUCAGACUUAUUAAGUAUUUUCAUCAGCUGAAUACUGAACAUGAAGAUAAAACUUACCUUCACGAAAUGAUGGAAGGAUGCGAAGUGUUCUUACCUAAGCCAGAAAUUUCUCCUAGGAAUCCUGAACUGGAGGCAAGGAUUCGGCGACUUCAGGCAGAACAGGCUGAAAGAGAGUACCAGCAAAUGACACACAAUGUUAGGCAAGAAGAGAAAACCUCAAUGAAGCUUGGUUCAGAAGUGAAAGUUGUACAAGCUCAAGUGAUGGGUGUACUCAACUUUGUUCUUAGUGUAGCUGGGACAUUUGUUUUUGGAUACAAGGCUGUGGAGUAUUCUUUGGAAUCACCUGCAGUUCCUGUACAAGUACUGAUUGGGAUAACAAUGGCUUCAAUUGUUGCUCUUGCAGAAAUUUAUUUUUUGCUGAAGACUUUGUGAUGGAAAGUUCCUAUUAAGAGAUUGGAAUAUAGAGUACGGUAACAUGAAAACCAGAAUAACACAAUAAAGAUAUUAGUGAUGUGUUUUCUGUCAUUAUAAUGAAAAUUUUGUAAAUAUUUUGAAAUGUAAUAAAUAUAAAUGCAAUAUAUUGUUAA